UAAAUGUAUCUGUUGCUUCUGCUCUUGGAAUAAUAAAUGGUAUAAACUUUUACAGGUGCAAUCGUCGGUCAUCAAAGAGGGAAUAAAUUUGAACGCAACACAAUACAAUGCAACGAUCAACGAUGACAAAAAUUUCUGGGAAUGGAUAUUGGCCGGGAUAUUGUCCCCUAGUGAUUCCACGACUGAAAAUCCGAAACCAGAAAUUCCUGAAACGUGUUUACCUUGCAAAUGCGGUUUGACGAACGUACAGAGACGUAUUGUCGGUGGUGUCGAGACUCAAGUUAAUCAAUAUCCAUGGAUGGUUUUACUGAUGUACAGAGGACGAUUCUAUUGCGGUGGAUCCGUUAUAAGCUCUUUUUACGUAGUAACUGCCGCCCAUUGUGUCGACAGGUUCGAUCCCAAUCUCAUAUCGGUGCGGAUAUUGGAACACGAUCGCAAUUCCACUACAGAGGCAAAGACGCAAGAAUUUCGUGUCGAUAAAGUGAUUAAGCAUAGCGGUUAUUCGACGUACAAUUAUAACAAUGACAUCGCGCUCAUCAAACUGAAGGACGCCGUUCGAUUCGAGGGAAAGACGAGACCUGUUUGUCUUCCAGAACGAGCGAAAACUUUUGCCGGAUUGAAUGGAACAGUGACAGGUUGGGGAGCGACAGCGGAGUCUGGCGCCAUAUCGCAAACUCUACAGGAAGUGACGGUUCCGAUUCUCUCGAACGCCGAUUGCCGCGCCACUAAAUAUCCAUCGCAAAGGAUUACAGACAACAUGCUGUGCGCUGGUUACCAAGAGGGAAGCAAGGAUUCGUGUCAGGGAGACAGUGGUGGUCCCCUGCAUAUCGUCAACAUGGAUACAUAUCAAAUAGUCGGAAUUGUAUCUUGGGGCGAAGGAUGCGCGAGGCCUGGCUACCCUGGUGUUUACACCAGGGUGAAUCGUUACCUCUCGUGGAUAAGUCGCAACACCGAGGACUCUUGUUACUGUUAAUUUACAAAAAUGAAGAAUAAUCACGCGUGGACGCAACAAGAGUCUCGUCUCGUGAUUAUUUUUAAAUUCAUCGUCUUAAAAAAAAAGACGACUAAAAUUCGUCCCCGUGAAUGAAUAUCUUUUUUCAAGUUUAGAAUGUUAUUUUAGAAUGUUCGCGAAUUUUUACAUUGAAAACCUCGGCGUUUUUUUUCUUGGAGGUCUUUCAUCGUGUGUCCAUGAAUUAACCCUCUAUAAUCAAACACCUGUAUUUAUAUUUAUAUUUUAUAGACAGUGUAAUUACAGUUUUAAUUUAUUUUGCCGUAACAUCAUUGCCUCGUAGGGGGCGCAAUCUGUGCGCAACAAUUAUUAAUUUCUAUUCUGUAUACAACUAUGGGGGAAAGCAGAAUUCCUGCACCUCGUGGAAGUUGAUAUAAACUUCCAAGGCUUCGUUAAAGUGCAGUUAUUAAAGUUUUAAAACAAUAGUUUGUAUAAAAUGUUAAUAUAUUCGUGGGACAUCUUUGAGGUUAAUUCUAGAGAGACUAAAAACAACCGAAA